UACGUUCCACAAUCUCUUCCACUUCCUGGUUGAAGCUGGGAGCCAAUCAGAAGCCGCGGUCUUCAGACUCCCCGAAAUGAGCCAAUCGCGUUCCGGCUUCUUCGGAAACGCGUCCUUCCGCCUCUCCUCGUCUCCUGUAAACACGUGUAAGGAACGCGUGAGGACAUUUAAUCAUUUAAAUCAAACUACGCACUCGUGAAAACAUCCUCAAAAUGGCAAAGAGCCUGCGGAGCAAGUGGAAGAGGAAGAUGCGCGCAGAGAAGAGGAAGAAAAACGCCCCCAAGGAGCUGGCUCGUCUGAAACAGGCUCUGAAUUUGGACAAGAAAGGAGAAGCUGUCAUGACUGACAUGCAGGAGAUCGCCACCGUGGUGCCGGCGGACAAGAUCAAGAAGCAGCAGGAUGUUGAUAUGGCGGCGGGGGAAUGUGACGAGGGGAAGAUGGACCUGGACGGAAAACGCAACAAGACAACGCUGUUGGAUGAAAACGGACAGUACCCUGUGUGGAUGAGCCAGCGUCAGGCCAAGAAACUGAAAGGCAAACGGAUGGCAAAGAAAAGUGGAAAAGGCAAGAAGAAGAAGGGCAUUUCCUGGUGAACCAGAGGAAACUAAAGGAUGUUUUCUUUGCUUCAAAGACUUUUUGUUGCAGAAAUACGGGAUCGUUUCACGUACUGAUUUCUACACUGCCUGCUGUGGGAUCCUUCACUCGAGCAGGCCUGCCAUUGUAAAGUAAUCCACUGCAGGAGCAUGUUGGUUGUGAUGGAGCAGCCGCUUCAUCUUCAUGUUCAGAAAGUUUAGAUUCAAGUUUGAUGAAAAUAAGACUUUAUGUAAAACAUGUUUGUCUGAAUACAUCAUAGCAAAACAGGUGAUUGUCAUUUAUUCUCCACUGCAAUUUAAACCUGUGCUUAUUCUGAUAAAAAAAUAUUAACUGAU